CUGCGACCUUCAACGAUCACAACGAUCAAGCAUUCACACUUGAUGUACCCUUCUUUGGCGUUACUAAUAUUCUCUCGCGUUCACACCAUGACAUUCUAGGUUUGGUCCCUCAUUCCGACAUGGCUUCUGAGUUCAUCGGCUACACGAUUCUGGUCACGCUCCACAGCCCACCCAAUGCUCAGCUGCAGGGCGUGGUUGCCGAUGUCGUGAACCAGAAACUCCUUCUACAGAAUGUCCUGUUGCUCUGGAAUGGCCAACGACUCUCAUCAUAUGCAAUCGAAUCCUCCGCAAUCGCCGACCUCGAGGUAGCACCCACCCAGCAAACCGCUGUGGAAGAGGAGGAAUUAUCUACACCUGUCGUCGAUGCCAAAUCUUCGCAAGCUGCGUCUUUUCAGACGAUUCCACAAAGCCAGCAAAAUGCCGCUUACAUCGAUCCCGCCAUCAUUAGUUACACGAAACCCCCAAGCAAAGGUCCAAGACGGCCUUCAAUCCAACAAGGGCCAAUCUCUCCUAUUAUGAUCGCUGAUGGCGUGGUCAGCAGCCAGUCUACGCAACUGCCUCGCACUGGACCAAUACGUGGAAGUUCCGUAUCUAGCAUCGCUACGGCUGUCCCUAAGAAGGCGCAGAAGAAUACGCCCGCGACUGCGACGCUCACUGAACCCUUCGAUGCAUUACGGCUGGGAAAUAACGUCGCUGAUGGCAAGCCUAUAAGGACAGCGAACAGUGCCAUACAGAAGCAGCAGCCGAUAUCUCAAACAGGGCCAGGGAUUAUUGAUAUGAUGGACGUGAACCUUGGCCCGUUGAAGAAUCAGAAGAAAGCUGGAAAAGGUAAGGGAUGGCGCCAGACACCACUGAUCGAGGAAGUUCCAAAACAAACCAAGAAAAAGGUCCAACGAGGACGGAAGACAGCUGAAGAAUUGAAUGGAUGGGCCACGGAAGAUGCGACCGACAUACAAGAUCUGGGCGAUUUCGACUUCGAAAGCAACCUUUCCAAAUUUGAUAAAAGACAAGUUUUCGACGACAUCCGACAGGCCGAUACCACUGCCGAGGCUGAUCGGCUAGUCAGUUUCAACCGCAAAGCACGGCCCGGGACGAAUGGCGGGCGAAAUCUCCACUGGACUGAAAACGUUCUCGAGACGCCCAAUGUCAAAGCUAACGACCGAUGGCAAAGCGAGGCUGGAGAGACCGAGAACGACAUGAUUGAAGAGCACUACAGCAGUGGUAAAGGAUCCAAGAGAGCCGGCUCUAGACGUCCCAUGCAAGCGAGGAAAGGGAGUGUUAUCCCAGGACACAUCGACCGUGCCGAGUCGCCGCGGCCUCUGACGCGGAUGCAGACGUCGUCACCCAUGAACGGUUCUUUGUCGGGCAUUCGAGCUUCCUUCAAACUAUUGAACAAUAAGCCAUGCCAUUGCCUCUCGCCUCUACAGAUGCUGGAGAUUGAGCAACUAUGCACGUCCGAGCUGGGCCUCACCGAAGACAUGCUUUCGGAAAACGCUGGUCGGAGCAUAGCCAUGGCUGUUUUGAACAUUCCGAAUGUGAGGAAUGUGGUCUUCCUGGUUGGAAAUCACAAGUCCGGUGCUAGAGCCAUCGCAGCAGCCAGGCAUUUGCGCAAUCGGAGGUUACGGGUGACGAUAGUCGUCCUUGGUGGCGAGCGCGAAGAGGUCCUGCUGGAAGUGAUGCGCAAACAAAUCAAUAUCUACAAAAAGGGCCAGGGCUACGUGGACCGAUGGGACGAGUACCAGGCCAAAACAUCUCAAGGAGGAAUUGCUCCAGACGUGGUGGUUGAUGCCCUGCUCGGCGUGCAUGUUACUUUUGAGGAAUUACGAACAGACGAUCAAGCGACGGCCCUGGAAAUGAUCCGGUGGGCGAACCGAAGUUCGACGGUCAUUUCGAUCGAUGUUCCGAGUGGACUGUCCGCCACGUCAGGAUUGGUGACCGAGGUUGACGGACAGCUCCUAGUCAUGGCCAGCAAAUUCGUCGUCAGUCUGGGAGCGCCGAAAAGUGGUUUACUGCAUGCCAUGGCUAUGGAUGGUGUCCAAGUGACCUGGCAAGUCUUGGUCGCCGAUAUUGGGAUUGCUGCAGCAGCUUGGCAGAAACAUGGAUCCAGAAGGAAACAUGGAGUGGACUUUGGCACGGAAUGGGUCGUUCCGGUCAAGUUCGCGAUGGGGCCUCAGACGGGUUGACAUUCGGAAAGAUAAUGGGAAAGAGGUGAAAAGUUCAUCCAUCAUUCUUGCUGCGUUCAAGCGCGAUCAAGGAGAGCAUCUUCAGAGCACUCCCUUUUCUUAUUCCAAAGGAGAAGAGCCACCAGUCGAGGGUGAAGUGGAACACCCCAGACGCCCACGCGCAUGGUGCUGGCGGAAGAGCUUGCAUUAGCUUAGUCGGAC